AUGACAGAACUGCCUUCACGUCCGUGGACCGUCUUGCAUGCUGAUUUAUGUGGUCCUUUCCCUAGUGGUGAGUCGCUUCUGGUUUUAGUUGAUUCAUGUUCUCGAUGGCCAGAAGUUUUCAUUUUAAAGAGCACAACUGCAGCAGUCAUCAUCAAUCGCAUGAAAUCGUGCUUCGCUGUGCAUGGUCUCCCAGAAGCAAUCGUUACAGACAAUGGACCUCAAUUUGUGGCUGAAGAGUUUGAUUUGUAUCUUCGAGAGCACGGCAUCACACACCGUCGAGUAACACCUUAUUGGCCACAAGCCAAUUCCGAAGUCGAACGGUUUAACCGCACACUCGAGAAGGCCAUUCGCGCUGCAAAUACCGAAGGAAAAGAUUGGAAAAGCGAGCUCAACACCUUCCUACUCAAUUACCGAGCAACAGCUCAUUGCACUACUGGCAAAUCACCCACUGUUCUCUUGUUUGGUCGAGAGAUACGCACCAAGCUCCCGUCGUUGAACACUAGCCGUUCGCCAGCUUCAACGUCACCUGUUGUCGACCCCGCCAUUCUAGAGCGUGAUCGUUGUCAGAAAGCAAAGAUGAAGAAGUAUGCGGAUGAGAAAAGACGUGCAGCACCUUCCAACAUAAAGAGGGGUGACAAAGUUCUUUUGAAGCAAGAACGAAAUAAUAAAUUAUCCACAAAAUAUGACCCAGACCCAUAUAUAGUGGUAGGAACGAAAGGCACAAGUUUACUUCUAAAGAGACGAGCUGAGCCCAAGAUAAUGAGGAAUUCGUCAGCAGUUCGCAAAUUGCCGCCGGAGGGAACAGAUAAUCAUCCACACGAAGCCAAACGGAAACCAGACCAAGUGGUUGAUACAACAGCAAAGCCUAGACCCCAGCGACAGCGAAAACCUCCUGAAUAUCUUGGACAUGAAAAGUGA